GUAUUAUUGUCCCUCUUCCAAAGCCUAAACUGCCACAAAACCCCUCCUAAACCCCAGGGGGUCCCGUUUCGUGCUCACUAUAUGGAACUAUCUUCUUCAUCUUCUUCACAGGUAACUUCAACCCUAUAAUGCUCUUUCGUACAUCUUCUCCCACAUCAUUCACAAAGGUAAUUCUCCCUCACCUCCUCAAAUUCACCUCCAUUUCAUCUUCACCCACCCAUUUCUACUCUACAUCACCAAACACACACUUAAUCAACCACAUAAUCACAUCAUUCCAACAAAAUAACCAUACCCAACACUUGCUAAACCAUCCCCGUAUCUCCAAUUUGAAACCCCAUGAAGUAGAGCCGCUUCUGUUGGGUCUACGUUCAAAUCCCACUUUAGCAGUUAGGUUUUUCGAGUGGUGUGAGAAUCAUUUAGGGUUUCAUCAUCAUAAUCUUGAAUCUUUUUGUGGGCUUGUUUAUUUUCUGUUAGAAAAGCGGAUGUUUGAUCAUGCACGUAAGGUGUUUGAUAAAAUGACUGAGAGAGUUGGGGAUUUUGAUUGUUUUGAUGCUUUUUACGCGGUCGUUAGGAAUUACAGUUCGAAUGGUGGUUCUUCGAAUGCUACUACUGUUUAUAGUUUUUUGAUUGGUAACUAUUGUCGAAUUGGGAAGGUUUAUCAGGCGGUCGAGGUGUUUUUUCGGAUGUCGAAAACCGGUAUUUCUAUCUCACCAUAUGCGUUGAUGAGAUUGUUGAAUAGUUUAGUUGAUUUGAAGAAGAUUGGAGUCAUAACAGACGUGUAUUCGGAAAUAAGUAAUGAUAAAAAUUUGUGUUCGAAUGCUUACGGGUACGUAAUGGGCGGUUUCUUUAAGAAGAAUGAAGCAAGUUUAGCAUUUGAGUUCCAUAGAACUGUUAUCGAAAGACGUCUUGUGCCUAAUGUAGUUACUUGUAAUAAGAUCACGAAAGGUCUUUGCAACGACAGAUGUUUAAACAUCGCACACGACUUCUUAUCUUUAUUAAUAGAGGUCGGACCACACCCUACAGUAGUAACGUUUAGCACAUUAAUCAAAGCGUAUUGCCACGAAUCGAAACUAGAAGAAGCAUUUCAACUUUACGAUCAAAUGCUGGUAAUAGGAAUCGUUCCCGAUUUAGUCGUAUACAGUAUUUUGGUCGACGGUCUUUUUCGCGCAGGCAAGUUAGAAGAAGGGCGUCAAGUAAUAUUGGUUGCUUUAGAUAAAGGUAUCGUUUUAGAUGUCGUGAUUCUUAGCUCCAUGAUAGACGCGUAUGUAAAAAACGGAAAUCUCGAAAAUGGUUUCGAAGUUUAUAAAAAGAUGCUUAAGGGCAGGAUCAAACCGAGCAUAGUUACAUACGGCAUUCUCGUAAACGGAUUGUGUCGAAACGGGUGGGUUCGUGAGGCUAGUGGCGUAUUCGGUCAAGUUUUAAAACAGGGUCUCGAGCCGUCUGUGUUGUUUUAUAGCAGUCUUAUCGAUGGCAUGUGCAAGUCGGGAAAUUUGAGAUACGGUUUUCGGUUAUAUGAUGAAUUGGUAGCUUACGGUUAUACUCCGGAUGCUACGGUAUAUAGUGUGCUUAUAAACGGUCUUACGAAACACGGUAUGAUUCGUGAUGCUGUUCGAUUCUUUUAUCAGUCUCUGAAUAGUGAUUUAAAGCCUGGUGUCAUUGCUUACAACACGUUGAUUGACGGUUUUUGUAAAUUAAAGCGAACGAAGGAUGCGGUUAAAUUGUACAGUAAAAUGGGUAUGUAUAAUCUAAAACCAGAUGUAGCUACUUACACGAUUCUGAUCAAAGCGAUUAUCGAGUCUAGAAGGCUUCUGGAAGCUUUGAUUUUGUUCUUUCGAGCCUUGAAGAGCGGUUUUCCUCUUGAUCGCGUUACAUAUUGUGCACUUAUGCACGGUUUUUGUAACGAAAACAACGUUAAUAUCGGGUUAUGGAUUCUCGAUCUAAUGACUAGAAACAGGGUUGAACCCGAUAUCGACAUUUAUAACGUCUUGAUAAACGGGUUUUUCAAAAGCGGUCAAGGGGGAAAGGCGGUUAACCUUUUUAAGCAUGUUCAGAACCACGGACCCGAACCUGAUAUUGUGACGUACAACACGAUGAUCAGCGGUUACUGUUCGUUAAAAAUGUUGGAAGAAGCCGUUCAACUUUACAAAGCGGUGAAAAAACCUAAUGCGAUUACCUACACUAUCUUGAUUGAUGCGUAUUGCAAAGAAGGUAAACUCGAGGAUGCAAUGUCGAUAUUUUCACGUAUGUUAAAAAGCGGUUUAGAACCUAACGUCGUUACCUACAGUGGUUUAAUCGAUGGUCAUUUUAAAAUGUUGAAAAUGGAAACCGCUCUCGAGUUACAUGAAACGAUGCUUAGGAAUGAUGUUUCUCCGAAUAUUGUGAGUUGCAGCGUCUUGAUUGACGGUCUUUGCAAACGGGGAUUAAUGGAGAAAGCGUCGGUGGUGUUUCGUGGUGCUUUAGAACGAAAUCUGUUGCCGGAUGUUAUAACGUAUGCGAUUAUGAUUCACGGUUAUUGUAAGGUUGGAAGAUUAGGCGAUGCCACGUCGCUGUAUAGACGUAUGCGUAACGAGGGUAUAGUUCCUGAUAGAUUAUUAGAAAGAGUUGUUGAAGAGUAUGGUCUUGCAGAUGUUUAAAUUCAACCCACAUAUAUGGAUCCAUACAUUCAGGUGUUAUUUAAUGUAUUGAUGAUGGGUCAAGUGGGUAAAACGAAAUGGGUUAAAAGCAUGGUUGUAAAACAAAGUUUCAAUCUCGAAGGCCGAGUAAUCCCAGAGUACUCGCUACAAGGUAGGCUGCCGAGGCCCGAGUACUCUUCUUAUAGGCUGAAUACUCCUCGAGUACUCUCCGCCUAGGCCGUGUACUUCCCGGGUAUUCUCAAAUCCGACUAGGGAGCGGCUAACGAAUUUUGCAUAAUGUGGUAAAAGAAAUCGGAUAUCGGUCAAGGACCAAUAUUUGAGAUAUUGGUUAUCGC